AUGGUCAAGAUACGGGGCAAGGCUUGGACGCUUACCGCUGUGGCCUUGCUCACGAUUCUUUUCUACCACAACUUGCUCAGAAUCUAUUAUGUGAGCAAGAUCAAUGACCUGCGGAAACAUGCCCCACCUCUCUCGAGGAAGGAAGCAGAGGAAGCUGGUUUUGCAUAUGUGUUUUACGCAACGUCAAUCCCGUACGCCUGCUCUGCGCUUGUCAACAUUCACCAACUGCGAAACUUGGGUAGCACCGUCCCAAUCCAUGUCCUCGCCUCUGAGAAAGUGUCGAAAGCCUACAUCGAUGCUUUCGCGAGCGCCGGCGUGACGACACAUGUAGAAAUGACGCCAAAGUUACCACUGCAGCACGGCCACUAUUACGAAGACUGUCUCCUGAAGCUGGUCGUCUUCAAGAUGCACACGCUGGACCCGAGCCUGAAGCGAGUUAUCCUCUUCGAUAGCGACCAGCUGAUCCUGAAACAUUUUGACAAUCUCUUUUCUGAUAUACCUCCGGUGGACCUCGCUGCACCCCGAGCUUACUGGCUGCCGACAGAGGAGGCCGUGUUCUCGAGCGCCUUCAUGUUGAUCAACCUGAGUGAUCGGCUUUGGGAUAAAGUCAACAAGACGUUGCCGACCGGUGAUGACGACUUUGGUGGAGCGGAACCGAAGGUGGACAUGGACAUCUUGAACGACGUGCUGGGAGACACCGCGACGGUCCUCAGUGGCGAAUAUGUGACGUUGAACAGCCACUGGGAGGCCUGGGACCUGCCAAAUUGGUACCAUCCAGAGGACAGACAGAAUUCCAGCCACAUCCAGUCGGACAAUCCUGUCAAAAAACCCAAGCGUUUGAGGCGGCCGACAGAGCCGAUGACCCACUCUCGAAUCGACGAUCAAACGUCUUUAGCCACUUCGGAGGACAGUAACAUAUACAACCACCUUGAGGAGCUGUACGAAUAUACACCUAUAAUUCACUUCACUGCUUUAGGCAAGCCAUGGAUGUACACCGAGGAGGAAGUUGUUCAGCAGCGGCAAGACGCGCAUCCUGCAUUCGCUCUGCAAUUCAGGCAAUGGAAAAAAGUUGCUGAACAGUAA